GGCGGAAACGCGCCGGAGGGAGGGAGAGAGGAGGGGCGUGGGUGGCUGGGCCGAGCGACUCCUCCUUCCAGUCCACCGCUAUAAAGCCCCGCAGGCCUGGCGAGUCCCGACGGUUCCAUUACUGGUCCCUAGCAGGAAGCAGGAUGGAGUUGGCGCUCAGCUUGGGGGAGACCAUGGCGGAUGCCGGGAGGGACCUCAUGCUGGGGCUUGGGAUGGGGGUCGGGGUGCGGAGGGAGGAGGAAGCGCAGAGAGGGAGGAGGGACAGGGAGGUGAGGCGGGAGCUGGAGUUCACGGCGAGGAGCGCCCGGUCGUCGCCGGAGCCGGCGGUGCGACUCACCCUCCUGCACGGCCUCGGCCUCCCGUGGCCGCCGCCGCCGUCGUCCGAGACCAACCGGCACCUGGAGGCGUCGGCGCGUGGCUUCGACGUGAACCGGGCGCCGUCGCUGUCCGCGGCCGGUGGCGCCGCGGAGGAGGACGAGGAGCAGGACGAGGCGGCGGCGGCGGCGGCAUCGUCGUCGCCCAACAACAGCGCGAGCUCCUUCCCGACGGACUUCUCCGCGCAGGGCCAGGUGGCGCCCGGCGCCGACCGCGCGUGCUCCCGCGCCAGCGACGAGGACGACGGCGGCUCCGCGCGCAAGAAGCUGCGCCUCUCCAAGGAGCAGUCCGCGUUCCUGGAGGAUAGCUUCAAGGAGCACGCCACGCUGAACCCGGACGAAGCUGAAGCAGACGGAGGUGGACUGCGAGUACCUCAAGCGAUGCUGCGAGACGCUGACGGAGGAGAACCGGCGGCUGCAGAAGGAGCUAUCCGAGCUCCGCGCGCUCAAGACGGUGCACCCCUUCUACAUGCACCUCCCGGCCACCACCCUUUCCAUGUGCCCCUCCUGCGAGCGCGUCGCCUCCAACUCCGCGCCGGCGCCCGCGUCAUCGCCGUCCCCCGCUACUGGCAUUGCGGCCCCGGCACCGGAGCAGAGGCCCUCGUCGUUCGCGGCUCUGUUCUCGUCCCCUCUGAACCGCCCGCUGGCCGCCCAGGCGCAACCGCAACCGCAGGCGCCGGCCAACUCGUGAGGCGCUCUCUACUCUAUCUCCGGCGACGCGAACGGAGGUGGAUCUGGCUGUAAAUACGAUCACCUUUUUUUGGCUUCCUUUUUCUUUUGUUUUCACUUGAUGCGGUUCUUGAGAUUUUUUUUUUGUGGAUUGCCGAUGGGUUGGUUUACCGGUUUAUUAGAGCGCAUCAUCUGGCCGUCGGAUUGGACUGCGGACGGCCGGGUGCAGAAAGGAAGUGCUGCGAUAGAGUUUAUUAACCUCAGUAGCAUCGAUCAUGUUUUGUUACCUUGCUAUCUAUCUUGGCGUCAAUAUAGGCCUUGAAAUCCGAAGUUACCCUGAUGAUGAUGAAAUGGGUGGUGUCA